AUGGAGUCGUCGUCGAUAGCAGAAUUCCCUGCAUUUGUGCCGUACCACUGUCAGGAAAUUGUCCAAGAACCUGAAACUGCCUCCAUGGAAACUGGUUUUUCAGACCCUGAAAUGUCGGAGAGCGCUGCCUUGCUUGCAACAUUGAGCCUGUUGGCGUGUCGGCUGGAGCCCGAGAUGGCACCGGUUUCUAAAAUCCUCUGCUCACAAUUAAAAUGGUCCGAUCAGCGGGCAGCCCUAAUUGGAGCGGACAUUCUGGCUGCAAGCGGACUGUUCGCGCCAUCGUCAACCUCUCAACCGCUCUUUCCGGUUCUUGAAAAUAGCACGGCGUCGGUCGCGAUCAAUCGAGCCAUCUUUGACGACCGUGAAGUUCAGGCUGCUCUGUGGAAGGCCGCCGACCCAGAUUUCGCUUUGCUCCAUGCAUGCACGGCCACUCAGCCCACGGCCGCGGCAGGCACCCCCGACCCUUCCGAUUCUCUGUGGGGACCGCAGAUGGUGUCUGCGGUUCUGGCAAGACUCGGGAUUUACUACACUUUACAUGACACUUACUUGACCCUCAACACGCAAAAAAUCAUGGCCAAUCUUGUAUGGGGCUAUCGAUGGGUCCCCGAGGCCGCUGAGCAUAUUUAUCAGAUUCUCUUUUCCCGAGAGACGUUUUCAACAAUUUCCGAGACUCUGGAAAAGGAAGGUUCGUUCGAAUCAGACUACGAAGAGGAAGAAAAGGACGACUUCCUCAUCGACUUUUACAGUUUCGACCACAUCGACCCCCAGAGCAUCGACGCAGACAUGAAACAAAGUCUCAAGCUUUUGGCUGUAUCCGUCACAAUAUUCUUAGGUGCCGGUUUAGUUCUGGGUCACACGUUGACCUAA